UUCAAACACCAGUAGCGGCGGCAGUUUGGGCUACCGCUGGGCUUCGCCGCUGCGUCCGACUACUCGGCCCCUGCGCGAGGAGAGCUGACUCACACUUCGCGCGGCUGCUUUGCAUUCGCCCGACGCCUUGCGGACGCACGCCGCAGUGCUGACAGUGCGCGCGAUCGCCGGCACUCUGCUUGACGGCCAGCUUGCCGCGACAGUCUUCCCGCUCGGAUCGUCGGACCGAUUUCAGUCGACUGGUACUACAACGGCCAGAGACUUCUUGACGUCCACGUAGGCCGGUCUUCCUAACAGGCAUGCGGCGUCCCGGGAGGCCGGCCGGACGAUGCCCGCCAUGAGCCCUGCGGCGGCCAGCCCGCUUCCUCUUCUGCUUAGCGAGGAAUGCGAUUAAGACCGGAACUGGCCACCGGCACAGUGAGCCCUCGGCACUGCGUGCGCAACAGCCCGACGGGUUCCGGCGGCGGGCCGGGCCUGGUGGCGCAGGCGCCGGCGCACGGCCCCGCCCACGGGCCACAACACGGACCUCCCGGGCCGGGGGGACCACCUCACGGACCCCCACACGGACCCCCGCACGGGCCGGCACACAGCCCCGCGCAUGGGCCCCCUCCGCCGCCGCCCCCACACGGACCCCCUCCUCCACCGCACGGGCCCCCUCCGCCACACGGGGGGCCGGGCGGUAUGGAGCCGGACGGCAGCUGGAAGGGGCCGGCGCCCCCGCCCCAUCACCACCCGGCACUCAUGGGACACGGGCCCGCGGCCAUGCACCAUGGGCCGCCCCCGCACCACGGUCCCCCUCCACCCCAUCCAGGAGGGCCCCCGCACCCCAUGGCGGGACCUCCACCGCACACCAUGCCCGAUGGACGACCCCUCGACCCUGGGUGA